GAUAUUUUACGCGCUUUCAGUUUUCGUUCUUUUUCUGUUUGAUUUAGUUUCUUAUCUGCAAAUAAGAGAAAUGCUACUCGUUAGGCCGUGAAUUUAUGAAAGAUAAUGGGCACAUAGCCUCAAGUGAAGUCAGUUUAAUACUGUAACAUGGCACAGUACGGACAACUCCAUUGUAGAGUCUGUUUGCGGAAGUGCAAAAGUCGACAUGUUUCACUGCAGGAUUUUUUCAAAUUGGACAGAGAAGAGGAAUCGGUUGCAUAUGCCAAAGCCUACACAGCUUGCACCCAGUUAGAAGUGCAGGCAGAGGUCAAUGGGAUGCCAGAAUUGCUGUGUAAUAGCUGCAGUCGUGGCCUUCAGAGUGCUUACGAGUUUCGCAAUAAGGCUAUAAAAAGUUACGAUAAGCUGUAUAGUCAACUGUUGUUGCAAAAACAUGAAAAGGUAGCAAGAGCGGUAACACCAUCCGAGUUUGAGUUGCCCGACAACGAUAUGGCAGUGGCGUAUAUGCGGGCUGACGCUGACUUGAUUGAUGCCUGUAGUAUGCAAACGGCGAAAUGCUCAAAAGAUCCGCUUGAAGAUUCCGAAAGUGAAAAUGAAAUUCAAUCACACCUCAAUUUAGCGGAGAAUAGACUAGAGUCACAAAUAUCCACUCAUUCCUUCUCAGACUUCGUUUAUGAUAGCGAGGAUGACAAACCCUUAAAACAGUUAAUUAGUAAAAAUAAAUCUGAUGCCGUGGAAAAAUUAAAUUUAUACGAACAAAAUUUAGACCUAAUGAAAACUCCCCUGGUGCAUCCACUCAAUGGGUCACUAUACGAUGAUGAUGAUGAAUUUAUAGCUGACGAAAAUGCUGAUAAUGAAAAGAUUACGGAUCCUAUGUAUUCGCCAGAAGCACAUAUUUUUCCUAAGGGCCGAUUCAAAUGUGCUAUUUGUGAACAAAGUUAUUUCACAACCAUUGGCUUAAAAGCCCAUAUGGAAGUACAUUUAGUGAAAAGUACAACAACCAAAAAGCAACGUGUGCGGAGUAAAAAGUGCAAUAGACCAAAAAAGCCUAAUUCGGAAUAUGAGUGUCCUCGCGUAAAUGUUAACUGUGACAACUCCAAUCCACUACUGGUUCCUAGUAGUGAAAACAUUUUAUGCGAGGAAAAAGAACCAGAAACACCACAACAAACGGCUCAAAAUUGUACUAAAACGCGUAGAAUUAAAGAACCAAAACCGAAGCGCAUGUUUCCGUGUCACGUAUGCGGCAAGCAUAUGAUAUCGGCGUCAAAGUUGCGUUAUCAUAUGGUGAUGCACACCGGUGAAAAAGACUACCUCUGCACAAUGUGCCCAAAAGCCUACUCCACAAUUUACGCUCUGAAUCAUCACAUACGCACCCACACUGGCGAGAGACCUUACGAGUGUAAAUUUUGCGGUGAUCGCUUCCUACGCCCUACAACGCUGAAAAGCCAUCAGCGUCGUCACACCGGCGAACGUCCUUAUGGUUGUAAUAUAUGCGGUAAACGUUUUAUACAACACUCCUCGAUGACAACGCAUAUGAAACUUAAUCAUAUGGAUAAAACCAUACAAUGCCCACACUGUGAUAAAAAAUAUGCACGCCAAACUGAUUUGAAUACACAUUUGCUUAGCCAUACUGGUGAUAAACCAUACCCUUGUCAGCUGUGCCAAAGUCGUUUUGUGCGUCAAGCUAAUCUUAAUAAACACAUGAACCAGCAACAUGCUGAUAAAGCUGGUGUGUCAAAUAUUGCGAGCCUAAAUACCAUUAAUAGCAUGGGCAAGCGUGGUGUCGUGAAGAUUGAGAAUUCAAGGGACGAGGUCGUUUUAAAUUUGUUGACUGACAAUGAAAGCGAUCUAAAAGCCGUCGCAAGUAAUACAGGAAUGGAUAAUUCAUAUACGCAUAUUUAUGAUAAAUUGCCAGUUAAAAGUGAUAUUGUUGAUAACUGUUGCAAUUUCAUGAGCGCACGGAAUGUUAGCCAAAUGCCCAGUGGGGAGCCAGCACAUAUGUUAGCAGUUGAGACAUUUGAACAACUCAAUAGUGAUAAUUUAGUGCCUUGGAAUUGAUAAAACUGUACUGCAGCAUUGUCAUUACUAAAAUUUAGCUUUAAUAAUGAAAU